AUGUAUGGGGUUGGUUCGCAUGAUGGAGACACCGACGAGGAAACCGGAGAGGAAAUCGAUGGGGACACCGAUGCAGAAGAGGAGAGUGACACCGGUGUGGAAGACGACGUUAGAGUUGGAGUUGUUGUGUGUGAGUCUGUGACGAUGUUGCUUGGAGGAGGACUAGAGGUUUCCGAGGAUGAGGAUGGCGGAGGUGGUGGGGGAGGUGGUGAAAAUACAGGGACUGAUGAUGUCGAAUUUGUGUAUUUCUGCAGAGUGAAAUGA